AUGGGGGUGCUGCGAGCGCUCCGAGGUGGGGACCGGCACCGCGCUCAGCACCACGCCUGCCAGCACGCUGGUUUCUUCACUUGUGUAGGUGCCCAGUCGGGACCUGCGCAUGGUGAGGACGGUGGCAAGGCGGCCGGGUCUGUCCCUGUGGCCAUCGCUACCUUUGCCACCGUGGUGACUUCUCUGUUGAACCGGCUGCAAGACGCCGAGGGCAGCAGAGCGGAGACCUACCGCGAGCUGGAGAGCGUCUUGUGGGGCGACGAGAGCCAUCUGCAGAGCUCUGAGGUGGACAGAGUGAUGGCAGUGGCGUUGGAGGACCUGCGAGCGGCCCAGGGUGGGACGGCCUCCGUGAGGACGGCGGCUAGUGAUGUCCUGGUGGCGCUGGCCCGCUCCCACUUGUGCGACGUGGUGUCGGCGCUGCAGGGCCACCUGAAGGCCCUGGAGGAGACGUCGGAGGAGUUUGUCCUCAUCACCCUGCGCAACCUCGCCACACGCUACGCCCUGCAGUGCGUGCCCUUUGCGGCAACGACACUGUCAGCCCUGCGCGGCGUGCUGAGCGAGGUGGGGAGCGGCCGGAUGCUGUGUGCCGUCUGCGGCGUUCUGGAGCAGUGGUGCAGCGGCAUAAGCAUGUACUUCCGCGAGGGGGAGAAAGGUGCCUUCCCUCACCUGGGGCCUGCCCAGCUCUGUGCCCACGUUUACCCGCUCUUCUGCUACGUGAGCAGAAAGCGGCGGUGCUGCGAGGAGGAAGAGGUCAAGCAGGCUGUGCUCAGGGCGAUGGGUGCCAUGAUGGGUGUCCUCCUGCACGUGGAGGAGCACCGUGAGCACGCCUGGGAGCAUCUCCUCUGGCUGCUGCACCAGUAUCGGGAAGUCUGGGACCCCUCUGGGGUGACCGUGAGUCUCGGCUAUUUCCUGGGGGCUGUGGCAGACAUUCAGACCCGCGUGCCCCGGGCCAGGCAUCUGGCCAUCGCCACUGCUGUGCACCAGCAGCUCUGCGAUGAGAUGGAGCCGCCCAGCCCAGAGCACAGAGCAGAGCUGUGCCGCUGCAUGGUGCUGCAGGCCCGAAUUUGCCCGGAGGAGACCAUCGAGUUCCUCUACUACAAGCUGAGGAACGGGAACAAGGCCGAUCGCGUGGCAGCCGUGGCAGUGCUGCAAGCUCUGGUCCGCUCUGACGCCCCAGACACGAGGGAGAAGCUGCCCCUGUUUGCGAAGCUGGUGCAGUCCGUGUGCCAUGACCCCGCGGCCCAGGUGAGGAGGGCAGUGCUGCAUUUCAUUGGGGAGCUGCUGCGCUCCAGUGCCCUGGGCUGCUCGGCGUGGGACGUGGUGGGGCACCUCUUCAGCGAGUUCAGCCGGGCCUCGGGCAGACUGGCAAUGGGAAACCUUAGCAUGGUGAAAGCGCGGGAAGAAAGGGCUGUUCAGAGCCUGUGCGCCCACGUGCUGGGCACGCUGGAUGUCUCUGCCGGAGCGGUGGCCAAACUCCUGUGGCCGAAGCUGCUGUGGUACGUGGUGCCAGCCAAGUACACGGGCAUGUUGGUCCCGCUCUGCCGCUGCCUGCGCAGCCUGGCCGAGAGACGGGACAGGGCAGAGCAGGAGCAAGAGGAGGCGGCGCCUGAGGCCCUGGAGUCUGAGGAGCCAGCCGCUCUGCCAGCUCCCCAGGCCCUGCUGGCUCGCCUGCUGGUGGUGGCGGCAGUGGCUCCACACGCGGGCGGUGGCCGUGGAGCCGCGGCCCUGCAGCUGCUGCAGGCGCUCCCCAGCACGAUCCACGGAGCCGUGGGGGCGAAGUGGGCCGCAGACAUCCCCCUGCUGCUGCAGCACCUGGCAGGAACAACAGCGAGCUCCCUGGACGUGGCCGAGUGGGAGAGCCUUCUGCUGAAGUUCCUGCAAACCUCUCUGGAGCUCAUUGCGAGUGAGGCCUGGACCGUGGGCCUGAGCCAGGAGCUGAGCCGGCAGCUGGGCAGCUCUCCCCGCCUGUCCUGGGAGAAGCGGUUCCUGUACAAGGCUCUCGGCACGGCCCUGGCAGCUUGUGGGUGUCUCCACCACGUGCAGGAGCAGACCUUGGAGCACCUGAAAGCAGCCAACUUCCUGGAGCUGUGGCAGGCGCAGGGCAUGGUUUCAGUUGUGUCCCGCUGUGCCGAGAGCCACUUCCAGCUGGCCUUGUCCUUGGUGAAGGAGUUCACGGGGACUUUGAAACGCAAGAAGAGCAAGGCAAGAAGGACCCGCGCUACUCGCGCUGCGCUGCUGGUGAUGUACGGCCGGAUGGCGCUGCGCGCCCCCAGGGAGCAGCUGCUCGCCCGUGUCGAGAGAGACGUGGUGGCGAAUGUCCUGCAGCUCUACCGAGAGGGCUGCCAGGAUGCGCAGCUGAAGCUCUCCCUGGUGCAGAGCAUCACUGAGAUCAGCCUUGCCAUCCAGGCUGCAGGCGCCGGCCCCAGGUUUGAGCUCUGCUGCAAGCGGGAGCUGCUGCAGACCCUGCUGGAGGUGAUUCAGGAAGAGCCCCAGGAGUCCCCGGUGCACCCCCGGGCCCUCGUGGCCAUGCAGCAGUUGAGCAAGCUGAAGCCCCGUCUGAGCAGGGAGGAAAACCGCCACCUCCUGGCUCAGUGCUGCCAGGGCAUCGUGUGCCUUCGUCGCCCGGAGCAGAUGGACAGGAGAGGGCAGACGGCGGUGGCUGCUUCAUGCCCACCGGGUGUGCAGGCGCCGUCCCUGCGAGCGCUGGGCCAGCUCAUGGGAGCCCUUCUCUGGGCAGAGCUGGCCCCCAUCCGCUUCGAGGACAUGGUGCAGCGAGGCCGUGCCUGCGAGUGGUUCGGCUCCCUGGCGGGACUGCUGGGGCCUCUGACGUGCGACACGUCGGCCGCGUCCCGCUGGUGGGCAGUGACCUGCCUCGGCCACCUGCUCCGAACAGGAGCCGAGAACACAGACGUGGCGCCCUGGACCAAUGAGAUUGGGCGCCUGCGUGAGAGGCUCAGUGCCAUCACCUCUGAGUCUCUGCUGGCCACCUCCACCAACAUUGCGAAGGUAACUGGCCCCUGGAGUGCAGAGACGUGA